GAUUCUCCGUCCAGUUAGACGGGCAGAGUAGUUGUGACAUGUUGAGCUCCGUUAUUUCGCUGGGCAUGGCCAGCAAAUAGUGUCUAGUUCCAUUUAAUAGAUUACACGAUUGCCCAAUUUUGUUAUUUUUGUGUGCAGUGCACAUAGUCACAAAUAGUUUGAUGUGAUCUCAGCCUAGAUUUUCAGAUUGGUGCGAUAGCGUACAACAACAUGAUUUUCUAAAAGCAGUACACAUUUUGGCGGCUCCAGUGAACUUGGUCUGUUAAGUGCAAUCCAAGAUCUAGGGACAAUGGCUGAUUCCAAGCCAGGUGUUCAUGUGCUUCAGCUGAAACAUGUUUCUGUUCCUCCUUCCAUGAUUGCUGGUGAAAAGUUUAUCAAGUGGGAUGAGGAUUCGUCAUUAGUCACAGCCGUAACAUUGAGAGUAGAUCCAAAUGGAUACUUUCUUUACUGGACUGAUCAGAAUGAGGAGACUCAAAUCUUGGACAUGUGCACAAUCCGGGACACAAGAACUGGGCAUUAUGCCAAGGUCCCCAAAGAUUCCAAAAUGCGUGAUCAGGUCACUAUGGGAGCAAGUCAGGACUCCCUGGAAGAUAAAACACUAACAGUAGCAUAUGGGCCUGAUUUUGUCAAUGUUUCUUUCUACAACUUCUGCACCUCAAAGAAAGAGACUGCCAAGCAAUGGACUGAUGAUAUAUUGAAAAUGGCCAACAAUCUACUGGCUCUGAAUGGCUCCGUGCACUAUUUCCUGCGAAAAGCCCACGUCCGGCUUACCCUUCAGGCCGAUAAAGGAGGAAGAAUUGCCGUCAAAAACAUCGUUCGAACUUUUGCCCAACACAGAGACGAUCGACGGCGAGUUGAAAAGGCGUUUAUUGAAUCUACGGGGCUGGCUAGUGGAAAAGAUGAUGCAAUUUCCCUGUCGCAAUUUGGUUUCGACGAUUUUUACGGAUUCUAUAAGAAGUUGACAGGAAGACAGGAAGUUGAGCGAAUAUUCGAAGAAUUGUUCGGUACAAAGUCGCACAUCACCGUAGAAAAAUUCGUAGAGUUUCUUAACAGCUACCAGCGUGAUCCCCGACUCAACGAGAUCCUCUAUCCGUAUGCCAAUCCUGAUCGGGCCAGAGACCUUUUUCACCAGUAUGAACCUGAUUCCCCAAACACACCCAAAGGAAUGUUAAGUGCUGAAGGAUUUUUGCGCUUCCUUUUGAGCGAGGAUAACUCGAUCGUGUCGGCCGACAAGUUUGAUCUCAGUCACGACAUGGAACAGCCCCUUUGCCACUAUUUCGUCAACUCGUCUCACAACACGUACUUGACUGGACACCAGUUCACCGGAAAAUCGUCGGUAGAAAUUUACCGACAAACAUUACUGGGCGGAUGUCGCUGCGUGGAACUAGAUUUCUGGAAUGGCAAGAACGAAGAUCCCAUCAUCUACCACGGAUACACCCUUGUUCCCGAAGUGCCGGCUAAAGACGUCAUCGAAGCUAUUGCCGAGAGUGCUUUCAAGACAUCGGAAUACCCGGUGAUUCUUUCCUUUGAGAAUCAUUGCAACCCCAAACAGCAGGCGAAAAUAGCACAAUACUGCCGCGAAUACUUCGGGGAAAUGAUGCUGGAUCAAGCUUUGGAGAGCCAUCCUUUGGAGCCCGGAGUGCCUCUUCCGUCGCCCGCCCAGUUGAAACGCAAGAUAAUCAUCAAGAAUAAAAAGAAGCAUCAACAUCAUCGAGCUCCCAAAGACGUAGACAAAGGAGCGACAGCGGGCGCGUCGGCUGCGGCCGCACCGAUUGGAUCUGUCAGUGGCAGCACUUUGCCGCCGCAAGGCAACGGCGAAAUCCCCCGACCUCGGCUGGAGAAAGAAGAAAGCAAAGAAAGCAUCACCGAGGAGGAGGAUGCAAUCAUUCAUGCGGCCGAAGAAAUUGAAUUGGGCAGCGAGAGUGACGACGAAGAUGAAUCAUCGACGCUGUCCAAUCUCAGCCCGGAGGAAAUCAGGCUUAGAGAGAAAGCACAGAAGGAUAAGGGUACAGCUGGCAAGGAAACGGAGGCCGGAGCCGAGAUAUCUGCCCUGGUCAACUAUGUUCAACCAAUCCACUUCCAUUCGUUCGAGCAUGCUGAACGCCGUAACCGUAGCUACGAAAUGUCGUCGUUUGUCGAAACUCAGUCGACCGCCCUCCUCAAAGAGCAUCCGAUCGAGUUCGUCAACUACAACAAGCGACAGAUGAGCCGUGUUUAUCCGCGGGGGACCCGCGUCGAUUCGUCUAACUUCAUGCCACACGUUUUCUGGAACGCCGGUUGCCAGCUAGUAGCACUAAACUUCCAAACGCUAGACUUGGCCAUGCAGCUAAAUCUCGGUAUUUUCGAAAUGAAUGGACGGACGGGAUAUUUGUUGAAGCCGCAAUUUAUGCGCAGAAUGGAUCGUAAGUUUGAUCCUUUUGCCGAGUCUACUGUCGACGGUAUUAUUGCUGGAAAAGUCUCGGUGCAAGUAAUAUCUGGCCAGUUUUUGUCCGACAAAAGAGUUUCGACGUAUGUUGAGGUGGACAUGUUUGGACUGCCGGCUGACACUGUCCGGAAGCGUUUCCGUACCAAAACCGUACUGAACAACGGCAUCAAUCCCAUUUACGACCAAGAGCCUUUCGUUUUCAACAAAGUGGUUUUGCCGGAUUUAGCUUGCCUGAGAAUUGCAGUUUAUGAAGAUUCUGGACGACUCCUAGGCCAUCGAGUGCUUCCAGUGACAGGGCUGUGUCCUGGCUACCGACAUUUGGGUUUGCGAAAUGAUGGGGGACAACCGUUGAACUUGGCCACUCUCUUUGUCAAUAUUAUGGUCAAAGACUAUAUUCCAGAUGGUUUGUCAGACUUUGCCAAUGCAUUAGCAAAUCCGAUCAAGUAUCAGUCUGAAUUGGAAAAGCGUUCCAAGCAACUCAGUAUUUUAACCGGGGAAAUGGAAGAUACCCUUGAAUACGAGGUUGAUAGUAAACUAACGAGUGAAAAAGAUGCAGAGGACAAAGACGUGGAUACCAAAGUUCGCGCUCACCAACAACCUUCAUUAGAAGGCGAUAUGCUAGUAUCCACUGUUGCAGACAAUAUUCCUACAAAGCGCCAAGAUUCAACAAAAUUGAAAGCAAACAGUAUUCUUCGACCCGAAUUCCGAGACAUCUCAGGUUUGGGUCCGUCCAGUCCGGGUUUGUCAGACAUGGAAUCUGAGCCCGUGGUUGUAGCCGAAACGUUCGAGAAGUUGGUUGAGAACAAACAUGUUAAAAAACAACGUGACAAGUUGAAUAAGAAAUUAGACGACCUACAAAAGGAAUUUGAAAAGGAAAAGACAAAACUUGAAGAGGAAUUGGGCAUAGUUACCAAAUCCAAAGUCACAAAAACCUCUAGCCGGCUUAUUAAGCGUAUUUCUAGUAAGAAUUUGAAUAAAGAACCCACGAGUGUGAGGUCGUCUUCUGAAUCAGCAGAAUGUCUGCUCGCUCAAAGGCUUCCGCCUAUUUUGCAGAAAUUCAACGAAGAAAAGGCCAAUAUGAGAAAGCACUAUCAUGAAAUCAUUUAUACUACACUAGAAAAGUGCAUUGCCGCGUCGAAAGAAAAGCAGUUGAAGUUACUGAAGGAGCAACACGAUUCCCAAGUUGGUGGAGCUACAAAAUCUAUUCACGCCCAAGUUAGCCGUGAAUUCAAAAGUUUAAAUAAACGUCACAAGGAUAAAGACGAGCUUGAUAGAAUGAAGCGUGAAAAACGCGAAGAAAUUGUUCGUAAAGGCGUUGUGGAACACGAACGAUUGGAACAGCAGUUUGAAAAAAAAGAAAAAGAACUACGAAGACAGUAUGAAGAACUACAAAAACGCUUUGAGGAGGAAAGAGCGAAGGACUAUAUGAGCAUUAGUCGAGAAAGCGAGCGUGCGACAUCAGUGGUCGCUGAUGACGUAUUCGAUGCUGCGUUAUCAAUAGGACCUAUGUGCAAACCCCACUGCUGAAUUAAAAUCCUUUUGUGACACAAAUUUAGAAAUAUAAAUCCCCAUAUAUUGAUAUAUGUAUGUUAAAGUUGAUGUUAUUUCCGAAAUUUCGUUGAAAUACCCCUCGGCGUUUCAAAAUUUCUAUGUUCCGGACCAAAAGGAAAAAAAAAUACUACCAAUAUAACAUAUUUAAAAGCGCCAAA